AUGUCCGUCCACACACCCCUCUGCUCGCUCCUCAACAUCCAGCACCCCGUCCUGCUGGCAGGCAUGGCGCGUGCAUCCGGCGCUCCCCUCGCCGCCGCCGUCUCCAACGCAGGCGGACUAGGAACAAUCGGCGGGCUGGGCUACACACCCCAGCAACUCUCAGAGAUGCUCACGGAGCUCAAAUCGCUCCUCCGCGACAAAUCUCUCCCCUUCGGCGUGGACCUGGCCCUGCCGCAGGUCGGCGGCGGCGCCCGCGCCACAAACCACGACUACACACACGGCCAGCUCGACGAGCUCAUCGAGGUUGUCAUCUCGCACGGCGCGAGGCUCUUCGUGUCUGCCGUGGGCGUGCCGCCCGAGCGCACCAUCAAGCGGCUCCAUGACGCCGGUAUCCUGGUCAUGAAUAUGGUUGGGGCACCGAGGCACGCGGAGAAGGCGUUGCAGCGCGGUGUGGACAUUGUCUGUGCGCAGGGUGGGGAGGGUGGCGGGCAUACGGGCGACAUCCCCUUCUCCGUCCUCGUGCCGGCCGUCGUGGACGUUGCGAAGCGGUAUAAGAGUCCGAUGACGGGUCAGCCGGCGCUGGUCGUCGCGGCGGGCGGCAUCAACGACGGUCGUAGCCUGGCGGCGUCGCUGAUGCUGGGUGCGGCCGGGGUCUGGGUGGGUACGCGGUUCGUGGCGUCCGAGGAGAGUGGUGCUAGUCGGAUGCACAAGGAGGCUGUAGUCCGGGCCCGGUACGGCGAGACGCAGCGGACGCUUGUUGUCACCGGACGGCCGCUGCGCAUGCUGCCGAAUGAUUACAUCAAGGACUGGGAAAGGCGGCCCCAGGAGAUCGCCGACUUGACGGCCAAGGGCAUCGUCCCUAUGAUGCACGACCUGGAGAACGAGAAGGAGGUCGAUAUGCCCUUCCUCAUGGGUGAUGUCUCAGCCAGCAUCACAGAGAUCAAGCCUGCAGGUGACAUUGUGCGCGAGAUGGUCCGGGAUGCCGCCGAAAUGUUGAAGCUAGGAGCGUCGUAUACCACCGGAUCGUCAAGCAAGCUAUGA